AUCCCCAAAUCAGGUUCAUCAACAACGAAAUCUUCCUCUGAAAUCAUAGUAAAAUACCUCCCCACUGAAGUUCAAGUUCUUGUGUGUAAAAUGGCCAACAUUUUCCUACACAAUGGGGGCAACACUUGCAAGGCUACCCUCUAUCUCUUAUUCAUAACCACAACCUUUUUUAUCGCAAACUCUGCAAGGAUUCUAGAUGAAGUGGAAUCCCAACCCCAAGCCAUAGGCAAUCUACCAGCACCUGGAGCUACCAAUCCUUCACUCACAACAGCUCCAGUCACCACCACACCACAGAUAGAUCCUGCCACCACUUUGCCAAGUGGCCAAACAUCUGCACCCACCACCAUAUCACAGCAGGUAGGUCCUGCCACCACUUUGCCAAGUGGCCAAACACCUGCAACCGCCGCCACCAUGAACCCUGCUACUACAGAAGACUCUGGAGAGGAAGAUGAUAACCAAGUAGAGCCACCAGUUCCAGAAACAGAAGCUCCAGCUGCUGUCACUGCACCGGCUGAAGAGGAAACUCCAGCUAUCCCUAGUGCAGCUCCAGUGACACCAAACUCUUUGGCAAAAGAGCCAUCUUUUUCUUUCUUCAUGCAUGACAUCCUUGGAGGGUCACGUCCAUCAGCAAGAGUGGUAGCAGGAAUAGUAGCAAACACUGAUGUCACUGGCCUACCAUUCUCAAAGCUCAACAACAACCUCUUCCCAAUCACUGGAGGAAUUCCACUGGUAAACCCCAAGCUCAACGGCAUCAUAACCAACAACAAUCUCCCAAACCUUGUAGGCCUCAGUGGUGCACAAUCCUCCACUGUGUUCAAGAACAGUGGCACCAGCAACACUGUCACUGGUGGCAACAACCAACCAUUUGUCUCAGCAGGUAACCUCCCUGCAGGAUUCACCAUCCAGAAGCUCAUGUUCGGCUCGGUGACGGUGAUCGACGACCAGCUAACUGAAGGGCACGAGCUUGAUUCUGCUGUGAUUGGAAAGGCACAAGGGUUCUACUUGGCAAGUUCAUUGGAUGGUAGCAGCCAGACCAUUUUGUUGACAGUUUUGGUGCAUGGUGGUGAGCAUGAUCAACAUCAUGAUGUGGUGGAUGACAGUAUCAAUUUCUUUGGGAUUCAUAGGACAGCUUCAUCAGAAUCUGAGGUAGCAGUGAUUGGUGGGACUGGCAAGUAUGAGAAUGCUAGAGGGUAUGCUUCACUUGAGACUCUUCUCAAGGAGGACCAGCACACCACUGAUGGGGUGGACACCAUCCUGCAUUUCAAUGUCUACCUCACUGAGUAGAGAGACUAGCUACCUGUCAUUGUGAUUGAUUGCCUUUCAUAUUUAGAGUUUGAAUUUGAAUAUUUGUGUAUGGUUUGUUCAAAUUGGUGCUAUAUGUCUCUGUUAAUGCUUCAUCAAGUUUGAAACAAAGCUCAUUCUGCUUUCUUUUACUCACUUUUA